ACCGCCUCCUCCGUCACUCGUGUUUUAUCUCCCCCUUUUACUCGAACUUUUUAAACCCGUCGUAGCGCCCAGCCGGAUCCGCAGAUGGGAGUCCCAGCGUUUUUCCGAUGGCUCAGCCGAAAGUACCCGUCCAUCAUCGUGCACUGUGUGGAGGAGAAGGGAAAGGAAUUCAAUGGCGUGCGUAUUCCUGUGGACACGACUCGACCAAACCCAAAUGAGGUGGAGUUUGAUAACCUGUAUCUGGACAUGAAUGGCAUCAUCCAUCCCUGUACACACCCGGAGGACAAACCGGCCCCAAAAAAUGAAGAUGAGAUGAUGGUGGCCAUUUUUGAGUACAUCGACCGUUUGUUUAACAUUGUGCGACCCAGACGAGUGCUCUACAUGGCCAUCGAUGGAGUGGCCCCGCGAGCCAAGAUGAACCAACAGAGGUCCAGAAGGUUCCGAGCAUCCAAAGAGGGAGUGGAGCUGGCUGAAGAGAAGAGCCGCAUGAGGGAGGAGGUCAUCCAGAGAGGAGGUUAUCUUCCUCCAGAGGAAAUCAAGGAGCGCUUCGACAGUAACUGCAUCACUCCAGGCACAGAGUUCAUGGAUAACUUGGCUCGUUGUCUGCGUUAUUACGUCGCUGAUCGCCUCAGCAACGACCCGGGCUGGAAGAAUGUCACGGUGUUCCUCUCAGACGCCAGUGUUCCAGGUGAAGGAGAGCACAAGAUCAUGGACUUCAUCCGCAGACAGAGAGCCCAGCCCAACCAUGACCCCAACACUCACCACUGUCUGUGUGGAGCUGAUGCGGAUCUUAUCAUGCUGGGAUUGGCCACUCACGAGCCAAACUUCACAAUCAUCAGAGAAGAGUUCAAACCCAACAAGCCACGCCCCUGCGCCCUCUGCGGGCAGAUGGGCCACGAGCUCAAGGAGUGCACAGGAACAGCGAGAGAGAAGCAGGGACAGCACGAUGAGUUCGCCGACUCAAUGCCCGUGUCCGAGCAGGAGUUCAUCUUCAUCCGCCUCAGCGUCCUCAGAGAGUACCUGUCCCGGGAGCUGACCAUGGCGAGCCUGCCGUUCCCCUUUGACUUUGAGCGCAGUGUGGACGACUGGGUCUUUAUGUGCUUCUUUGUGGGAAACGACUUCCUGCCUCAUCUGCCCUCUCUCGAGAUCAGAGAGGGUGCUAUCGACCGGCUGGUGAAUAUCUAUAAAGACGUGGUGCACAAAACUGGGGGGUACCUGACGGAGAACGGCUUUGUGAACCUGGAGCGGGUGGAGCUCAUUAUGCAGGCGGUGGGCGUAGCCGAGGACAACAUCUUCAGGAAGCGCAAAGAGGACGAUGAAAGCUUCAAGAGACGAAUGAAGGAAAAAAAGAAAAGGAUGAGGGUAGAGCAGCAGCGUCCAGCGUACCUCACCUCAGGGCAGUUUGCGCCUCAGGCUCUGGGUCGAGGAGGGCGACCGGAGCCUGUCCAAAAUGCCCGAAAUCAGGCCUUCAACAUGAGGGUGCAGGCCAUGGAGCAUCACAACCGGGAUGCUGCACAGUCACUAAAGGCCAUGAUGAGAAAUGGAGGAAAUUCGUCGGCUGGUCCGUCUGCAGAGCACCGAGGAAUGAAGAGGAAAGCAGAGGACAGUGACAGUGAACCGGAGCCCGAAGACAACGUCCGGCUGUGGGAAGAGGGCUGGAAGCAGAGAUAUUACAAGACCAAGUUUGACGUUGACGCGACCGAUGAUGAGUUCAGGAAAAAAGUGGUUCAGUCAUAUGUGGAGGGGCUCUGCUGGGUCCUGCAAUACUACUACCAGGGUUGUGCAUCGUGGAAGUGGUAUUUCCCAUUUCACUAUGCUCCGUUCGCCUCCGACUUCAAAGACAUUAAAGACAUGUUCAAGGAGUUUGAGAAGGAGACCAAACCAUUUAAGCCUCUGGAGCAGCUGAUGGGAGUGUUUCCUGCGGCCAGUGGGAACUUCCUGCCCCCAACAUGGAGGAGCCUCAUGACCAGCCCGGACUCCUCCAUCAUAGACUUUUACCCCGACGACUUUGCCAUUGACCUGAACGGGAAGAAAUACGCCUGGCAAGGUGUGGCAUUGCUGCCGUUUGUGGACGAGCGGAGACUCAGAGCGGCUCUAUCAGAUGUUUAUCCAGACCUGACCCAAGAGGAAGUAAAAAGGAACAGUUUGGGAAGUGACAUUUUGUUCCUUGGAAAGUCUCACCCACUUUUUGACUUCAUCCACGAACUGUACCGCACGGAGACCACAUCGCCCACAGAUAUCCCUCCUGAGCUGUGCCACGGGAUCUUGGGGAAACUCACUCUGGACGAAGACCCCAUUCUCCCAGAAAAGGUGGUGGAAUCUCCGAUCCCGACGCUCAGAGACAUCACACAGAACUUUGCCAUCGGGGUGAAGUUCAGAGACCCAGAGUUCUCUGUUGGACACGUGUUUAAGGCUGUGAUGCUCCCGGGGGCAAAGAUCCCCGGUAAAGUGUUGAAGCCGGAGGACUGGGACCAAAGCGGCCGACAGCCCUGGAGACCACAGCUCGGGUUCAACCCCAACAGACAACAGGCUCACCUCGGCCAAUCAGGGCACAGAGCGCUCAAUCACUCUCUGGGCCGAGGCGGGGGUCAGUACAGCAAUACGCCCCCUCCAGGAAGCUACCAGAACUACAGAGGUCCACAGCAGCACUAUCCACCUCCUCGUCAGAACAGUUUGUUGGGGGCCCCUCCAUACCAACAACAGUUUCACAGGCCGCCAUAUGGAGGAGGGGCUCAUGGCUGGGACCGGGCUAAUCAGAACCAGCACAACGCAUUCCAACAGAACUCCCACAGGGGGCGCUCUCAGGGAGGAUACCAGCAACAGCAGCAGUACAACCAGCCCAGAUACAACCAAUACAACCAGCACCAGAGAGGAGGUGGAGGA